AUGUUUUCUGCACGAACUUUGCGCCCUCUCUUUACCUCUCUUUCCAAGCCCAUACGACACAACAGCCUGUCCCGCAUGCUCCCUCCCUCUCGUCGCACUCUCAAGACUUUGCCACUCUUCUCUCUCUCAGAUAAAACAUGCGUCGUAACUGGGUCUGCUCGGGGAUUGGGAAAGGAGUUCCUUACAGCUUUUGCUCUCUCUGGCGCCAGAGGAGCGUGCAUUGACUUGUCUCUGAAGGACUGCGAAUCGUCCAUCGCCUCUAUAGCCUCUCAAGUACGAGACACCUACCCAAAUGACGCGGUUCCCGAACUUCGUGCCUACGAGUGCAAUGCAACCAUCGAGUCAGACGUGAAGACAACCUGGGCAAAGAUCGUUGAGGACUUCGGGAAAGUUGACGUUCUUGUCACAGCUGCUGGAAUCGUAGAUAACGUCGAGGCCGAGAAUUAUGAAUAUGCCCGGUGGCGGAAGAUGUUGGACAUCAACAUUGAGCAAGUUCAACCCACUCUGGCCUCCGCAACUUAUAAGAAAUCGAACGGAGCUGACUGCAGAACUCUCACAGCGGCUCAUGGCUUUUCGCCCGUGAAGCUGGCAAGCACAUGCUCCAACACAACAUUCAAGGCUCCAUAA